AUCAUGGUUUGUGUUGCUUUCAAAGCCACCAAGCCAGGGAGCUCAUGGAGAAAAUGGGUGGGAGUCAAACUGUCCAAUUCUGUAGUCUUGUUCUGCUCAUCCAUUCAAAUAAUAAUCUGCAUGAUUUGGUUGGCCAUUUCUCCUCCCUUUCAGGAACUGGACCUUCACACUUACCCUGGAACCAUCAUCAUUCAGUGCAAUGAGGGCUCAGCUAUUGGCUUUUACUCAGUUAUUGGGUAUAUGGGGCUUCUGGCAGCUGUUAGUUUUGUUUUAGCAUUUUUAGCUCGGACAUUACCGGACAGUUUUAAUGAGGCCAAGUACAUCACUUUCAGCAUGUUGCUCUUCUGCAGUGUUUGGAUCACAAUGAUCCCGGCCUAUCUGAGCACCAAAGGCAAAAACACUGUGUGUGUGGAGAUAUUUGCCAUACUCACCUCAAGUGCUGGACUUUUAGCCUCUAUAUUUCUGCCCAAAUGUUACAUCAUCAUAUUGAGACCUGAUAUUAACACAAAAUCACAGUUACUGAGAAAUGAAGCUUUAUGAUCUGUAGUUGAUCUGUGUAAAUGAACCUUAGAAGUGUCAUCAUUGAGUAUCGGUAAAAUGGUUCCCAGUGGCCACUGUCAGAGACUCUAUGAUACACAGCACUAAGGUGUUAAGUGAAUGCUAUUUUAUUGUUACUUAUAUAGAAACUCACUUUUUAAAUACCUGCUUACAGUAUAUACUUAGCUGUUAUUGAUACAUACUGAUUAUCACAACAACCACACCAUAUAGUGUGAUCAUAAUAAGGAGUAACUUUAGUAUCUUUAUUAGGGAAGGAUUAACAUGCACCAAUAAUAUAAAGGUGUUAAUUGUCAUAGAAAUUAAUUUAAAAAGAAUUUGAACCCAAUAACUAAAACAUGUUCUAGAAAGAUUAGAAAAGUAAUUUAUUAUUCCACGUGGGAACAAGUACUGGAGCAGUAAUGGGAGCCAAAGUGGUACUUAGUACUGACCUACCAAUCGCUUGUGUCCCAGGAAAUGAUGCUGCCGCCACCCUUCAUGGAUCCCACAUUGGGUGCUGGGUGCAGAGUGUAACACCAGGGAACACAGGCCAGAUUUAUACUGUGGGUACAAGACAAGUUUGGGUACAUUUUCUACACCAUAAAGAAUAUACACAUUGGUUCAUAAGAUUUACUGUGGCCAAAGGUAAAUAUUGAAAUGCACCAAAUGCUCAUUUAUCUGACCACAUAUGGUGCAGACCUUAUUA